ACGUUCGUCUACCAGAGCUGCCCCUCCCGUUACUUCGCUUGGGAGUUUUUGCAAGUUGGUACCGGAGAAUCAGCCGGAACAUGUCUGCUGGACCGCCGCCUGCAGACGGACACUCGGCGGAAGACCUGCCGCUGGACAGCCAGAGGAGACGGUACCUUAAUGCUCACGGAGAACGACACGCAGUCCGGGUUGAUGCCAAUUGGACCCAACCGCUACACCCCGGUGAUGCCAACCGGAUCCGACCACGACCCCCCACCGACGACCAGCAGGUCGACCAUGAGGCCGUCACAGAGCCGGAGCUGGACGACUGCGAGCGGAUGGGGACUCUGUUUGGGAUGAUCAACAAGUGUCUGAUCGGUUUGGGCUUCAGCCAGAUGUACUUUGGAGACAGAACAGUGGAACCUGUGGUGAUCCUCAUCUUCUGGCUGCUGCUCUGGUUCCUGGGGUUCCAGGCUCUGGGACUGGUGGGAACUCUGUGCAUCAUCAUCAUUUAUAUCCAGAAGUGA